AAAUGUGAAGCUUAGGUCCAUAGAAAGGGAGAAGAAAAACUUCUUUUGAGCUUUUUUUAUGUCUAAUAUGUUGAGUUGAUGAGUCUUGUUUGUUUUUUGUGGUGACUGUUAUUACUGUCAAUGCAAUAUUUAAACAAUUUUGGUAGGCCUUAAAUCAGUUGCAUUGCCUUGGUCAAACAUGUCCUUUUUGUAUGAGUGUUGCUUCAUAGUUGCCCAUGUUAUUAGAGUUACUAUUUUUAUUGUUUUUUUUUUUUUUUUUCAUAUUUUGAGCAUGAGUUAAGAUUAUAAUUGUUUGAAUUGGUGACCAAAUAAUUCAAAAUUUUUUUAUUUGUUUAUUGAUUUUUUGUUCUUAGCUACUCUGGUCUUGAGCACCAUCUGAUUCUGAUAUUUCUAAUACUGAUGUAUAAUGUGCAUGUCUGCAUGGUAGCCUAUAUUUUUGGGUACCUUUUUAUUCUUAGACUUGGGGGGUCUUGGAAAUUGAAUGAAGCAAGUUUGAAUUUUUGUUGCCAUGGAGCUUUAUGAUCCAACAAUGGGAUGUUUUGCUUUCUGGACUGCAUUCAGGUUUGCAUAAAAGAUUUCUUAAAUUCUCCAACAUUUAGAAUAAGUUUGAGCUUAAAGUCUAUUGGAACCUUAAUAUUUUGACAUGUGUAUGAAACAGACUUCUGCAUUUAGAUCUAACCUAAUACGUUUAACCCCAAGCAUGGCCACGGUAUACUCAAGGACAAGCCAUGCUGUUUUUUCGCAUUCUAGUGCGGAAGUGAUAACAAUAGAGUGACUUUCUAAAGUAAGGGAGCUUCAGGCAAAUGUUGUGCUGCAGUAUGCUUGUUAUGAGGAUUUUAAAUGUGUUUGUCCUUACUGCUAUUCAAAAAUUUCCAAACAUCAUUAAUAUAGGCAGUUGAGGGUUGGAAAAGAAGACACCACUACUCUUUAUUUACUUCCCCUUGCUAGUGCAGGUACACAUCCAGUAGUGUUGAUAAAAUCCAUCCUUUUACUUUAUGAUCUGCCUGCUUUCCAGCUUCUUCUGUAUUCUCCAAGUUUCAUGGAUUUGGCACAAAAGCUCCUUUUCACAGCUUUGCUCAUUUUUGCAGCAGCCAUAGAUGGGACACAGGCAGUUGCCAUGGUUUCUGGUACGGUCUUCUGUGACCAGUGCAAAGAUGGCCAAAGAUCCCUCUUCGAUUAUCCCCUUCCGGGAAUUAAGGUCACGAUCACCUGUGCUGAUGGUGAAGGACAAGUGACAAUGUCAAGGGAAGAGACCACAAAUAUGUUUGGAAACUAUUUCAUGAGGUUUGAUGGCACACCAGACUUAAGUAACUGUAAUGCCCAGGUUUCAGGCAGUGGACAAGGGUCAAAUGAUUGCGGUGCAACCGCUGGCCCUGCACAAAAACUUAGACUUAUGUUCAGGAUGUUUGGCAUGGAGUUUUUUGGUGUGGAUUCUUUGCUUUCUGAACCUGCCCAGCCCAUGUCGUUCUGCCCAAGGUCAGCUACUCCUGUGCCUGGACCUGUAAUAACACCUACAAGGCCUUCUGCACCAACAGCACCUACGGGGUCUCCUCCAACAUUCAGGCUGCCCCCAUUGCCACGAUUGCCUCCGCUGCCACCAUUGCCACCAUUGCCACCAUUGCCACCAAUGCCACCAUCGCCCUUCUUAGAAGCAUCAGCUUGUUCACAUCAGUACUGGAUAAUGCCGGAGUACAAAUGCUACUGGAGGGUACUGAACCCUGAGUCAAAGGUUGCUCUUAUUUUUGGGCCACUUGCUGCCAGGCGAUAUGGGACUGAUAUGACCCUGUGGGAAGGCCUUCAAGGGAGAGGAGACCCCUAUAAAACUCUCAUGAGGGAAGGGACAACUGCCCUUCUCAACUCCUAUAACAGUCUCCAAUUCCCUUACAAUUCAAUUGGUGUUGUCACACAUAUGAAUUGGGCCCUGAUGGGUUCCACCAGGGGUGCCCUCAUUACUGCUUUACGAUUCAUAAGGGCUAAUUCUGGCUCCGGCGGAGUCACCUGCAAAUUAACCCCUUGCAAGUGAUCUAUUAUUUGCCACUACAUUUCUGAUUUUAUUGGCUUUCAUUUAUAUUUCUUUCUAUAAAAACGUGAUUCGUAUGUCAUUUUCUUAUCAUUCACCAUGUCCAGCAGUAUUAUGAAUCUAGAAGAGGGUCAUUUUACCCAUUUUCUGAGAAUAAAUUCGAGUCCCCAACUACAUACAACACUAUUAGCUAUGAUUUUUUUUUCCAGCUCCCAAUUUUCAAAAGAUAUAAUCAAUUGCACAAUCACUACUUGCAAGUGAUUAGCUCCCUUAGUCCCGUUGAGCUUGAUCCUCCACUUCUUCAAAAAGGAAAAAGAAAAAAAAAAUAAAUGGAAGCAAAUUGGACAGAAACUAAGCCACAAAUUGGUAAGCAAAAUUGUUGUAUGCACUCUGGACUCUGGAGCCUAGAUACCUCCACAAGAUUUUAUUGUGUCAAAUAACUUAGCUUCUAAUAAAACAGGCA